AUGGACUUUAAAUGUAUGGUUACACUCAGAAUUCGACCUCCAGCAUCUUCCUACAGGUGUGAAUCGAAUAGAAAGCUGGUUGGUUGCUGUAUUGAGAAACAGAAUGGCUUACCAAAGCUUGAAACUGUUGCGGCUAUUCUCUGGCAUAUAUGGAAAGCUAGAAACAACUUCUUAUUCCGUCAGCAACGUCCGAAUGUGGAGCAGGUUGUGCAAUCAACGUUAGUUGACGCCCGAUCCGAUUGGAGAUUCGGCCAGAAGAGGAAGCGGCGUGGGAUAAAUCAAAAUGAUUUGAAUCAGCAAUGGCAUCCACCAGCCAAAGGCUUUCUAAAAGUCAAUAUUGAUGCGGCUUACCUUUCCCAUUGCAACGACGCUUCGGUGGCCUGUGUGUGCAGAGAUUCCUCCGGCAUCUUGCUUGAUGGCUUUGCACGAUCAGUGUCUGCAUCAUCGGCACUGCGGGUUGAGGUGCUCGGCUUAAAUCAAACCUUGAAGUUCCUGCUCCAGAGAGGGCGAGGAUCGAAUUAUAUUGAAGUGGAAUCCAACUGCUUGACUCUUGUAGACGCCAUCAACGAUCCGCCCUAA